CCCGGCCGUUGGCGGCGCCGCCGCCGCGCAGCGACAAGAUGGCGGCCGCCGCGCUGGGCUGGGCGCUGCAGGCCGCUCGGCGGGUUCUCCCCGCAGCGUGCCCAAGGCAAGCGCGGGGCUACUACGUGGACUGGAGGAUGCUGCGGGACGUCAAGAGAAGGAAGCUAGCGUACGAGUACGCGGACGAGCGGCUGCGGAUCAACGCCAUCCGGAAGAACACCAUCCUGCCCAAAGAGCUGCAGGAAGUGGCUGAUAAAGAGAUUGCUGCCUUGCCCCGGGACAGCUGCCCUGUGAGGAUCCGAAAUAGGUGUGUCCUGACAUCCCGGCCUCGAGGGGUGAAGCGGCGUUGGAGGCUUAGUAGAAUCGUUUUCCGCCAUUUCGCUGACCAUGCUCAAAUGUCUGGGAUACAGAGAGCUAUGUGGUAGAUCCAUCGCAUGGACAUAUGUUCACACCAUCAGGCUCAGAUUGUGCAUUCAAGUAAUUACAGCACAGUUGUCCUGUCUAGGAGUCCAGUAUAAAUACCAGACUAAUAUGGGGAGGAAGAGAAGCCAUGCUCAUUCAUAAAGUUCACUUACUGGAUUGUGAUUAGUAACAGCUAACUGAUGGGGGGGGGAAAAAGCAUAACUGCACUAAGCCAGUCUGUUAGAGGCAGGUUUAUUUUGAGACAAUCACUACCUGAUUGUUGCAGAACUAUGCUGAGGAUUGUAAUAAGAACAUGAAAAAUAAAGACAUACAGCACAAGA